ACGAGUUUCGUAGCGCCCGCUGACGCAGUAGGGCGGCGUAGCACUACGCUUAUCGGGACACAGGCUGAAUACAUUGACCUUUGUUAAAAUCGCCCAAAUACAGUUUCAAUUAGGUACUUACGUUAUACAGUUUGAAGAGAAAUAAAAGUACUCGUGUGUCGGCAACGCGUGGCGUCGGACGUAAUGUAGGACCAGUUUUGUUAUGGCAUCAAUAAAAAUCUUUACGGAAACAUCUGCAGUCAUAAAAGCUGUCGUAUCGGUUUCGGCCGUGCCUAUGGAUCGCGAGGAGCAGUGAGGCUGAGUCAGUCGGCGCCGAGGAUCGGAGACGAGAAGGUGGUGCUCGGGGUGGAAGGAUGGUCAUGGUGCCUCGGGGUCGGUAGUGCAGUGCGGCUCGCGCCGGCGCGGAUCGAUCGCGCGACAUCGACCGCGCGGGGCGGGGCGCCGCCUCAGUCGCGCGCGGGCACGGCGUGCGGGCGCGCGCAUACUGCACGUGCAUGGCGCGCCUGACUGGAUGCCUCGCGCCCUCGGGGAAUGGCUUCGUCCGAGGAAGAGGCGACUACAGCGUCGACCGACUCUUAUCCUGAAGAUGAUGACUGCCUCAGUGUCCGAAAAUGGUGGUGCUUUCUGCUGUCGUCGAUAUUCACGUUCCUUUGUGGGUUGCUGGUGGUGCUGGUAUGGCGCGCGUGCGCGUUCGUCUGCUGCCACAAGGAGCCGGAGCUGGCCCCCAACGACCCCAAGCAGAAGGAGCAGAAGGCGGCGCGGCAGGGCAAACAAGAGUUCGAGGGCACGUUCAUGACCGAAGCGAAAGACUGGGCCGGCGAACUCAUAUCCGGUCAGACCACCACCGGACGAAUACUGGUAGUGUUGGUGUUCAUCCUGAGUAUAGCAUCGCUCAUCAUCUACUUCAUUGACGCGUCCAGUGAAGAGGUUGAGCGAUGCCAGAAAUGGAGCGACAAUAUUACUCAGCAAAUCGACCUUGCCUUUAACAUAUUUUUUAUGGUCUACUUUUUUAUACGAUUUAUAGCAGCUAGUGACAAACUAUGGUUCAUGCUCGAGAUGUAUUCAUUUGUAGAUUAUUUCACGAUACCCCCAUCCUUUGUAUCAAUAUACCUGGAUAGAACGUGGAUAGGGCUGAGAUUUCUCAGGGCUCUACGCUUAAUGACCGUGCCUGAUAUUUUGCAAUACCUCAAUAUAUUAAAAACAUCGAGCUCAAUUCGGUUGGCGCAAUUAGUUUCUAUAUUUAUAUCAGUGUGGUUGACCGCAGCCGGCAUUAUUCAUUUGCUGGAGAACUCGGGCGACCCGUUAGAGUUCGAGAACGCGCAGAAGCUGUCCUACUGGACGUGUGUGUACUUCCUUAUAGUGACCAUGUCCACCGUAGGUUACGGUGACGUCUUCUGUCACACAGUACUUGGAAGAACAUUUUUAGUUUUUUUUCUCCUCGUCGGCUUGGCAAUGUUCGCUAGUAGCAUUCCCGAAAUUAUAGAGCUGGUAGGAAGUAGGUCCAAGUACAGUGGCGAGCUGAAGCGUGAACAUGGAAAGAGGCAUAUAGUAGUCUGUGGACACAUUACAUACGAGUCAGUGAGCCAUUUUUUAAAAGACUUCCUCCAUGAGGACAGAGAGGAUGUGGACGUCGAAGUUGUUUUUUUACACAGGAAACCGCCCGACCUGGAGCUCGAAGGCCUGUUCAAGAGACACUUUACCACUGUGGAAUUCUUUCAAGGCACCAUUAUGAAUCCAAUCGACCUACAGAGGGUGAAAGUUCACGAAGCAGACGCGUGCCUGGUGCUAGCCAACAAGUAUUGCCAGGACCCUGAUGCGGAAGAUGCUGCCAACAUCAUGAGGGUUAUCUCCAUCAAGAACUACUCCGACGACAUACGGGUGAUCAUCCAGCUGAUGCAAUAUCAUAAUAAGGCCUACCUGCUGAAUAUUCCAUCAUGGGACUGGAAGCAAGGCGAUGACGUCAUCUGCCUGGCGGAGCUGAAACUAGGCUUCAUCGCGCAGAGCUGCCUCGCGCCGGGCUUCUCGACUAUGAUGGCCAACCUCUUCGCCAUGCGCAGCUUCAAAACGUCCCCCGACACACAAGCUUGGCAGAACGAUUACCUGCAGGGUACUGGCUGCGAGAUGUACACCGAAACACUGUCGACCUCCUUCACGGGAAUGAGCUUCCCGCAAGCGAGCGAGUUAUGCUUCACGAAGCUGAAGCUGCUCCUCCUGGCCAUCGAGAUCAAGGGCGAGGAGGGCGCCGACAGCAAGAUCUCCAUCAACCCGCGCAGCGCCAAGAUACACGCCAACACACAGGGCUUCUUUAUCGCACAAUCCGCCGAUGAGGUUAAAAGGGCUUGGUAUUAUUGCAAGGCGUGCCACGAAGACAUCAAAGACGAAACGCUCAUCAAGAAGUGCAAAUGCAAAAACUUGACCGCGCACCAGCGGAAGGUUGGAGCCGACAUAGAUGUUGGAAUGAUGAUGAUGCAGACUGGGAUGGUGAAACAAAGUCUUAAUACGUACCGGGCUUGUCUCGACGAUGAUCACCAUCCUCCCCCCACCUUCACGCCGCCAGAGUUGCCCAAGAAGGUCCAUGUUCGAGGUGAGAUUGCGAGGGAAAGAGGGGAGGAUACUAGUUUAAUAAAUCGCAAUCACCGGAACGCGGCGCCCACAGCGCUGCUGUCUCCGAUGGCGAACCAGCUCAUGAACACCACCACCACCAGGCAGGUCAACAAGGUGAAGCCCAAUGUCAACCGGGCACCUCCCGACACGAAUCCCCAGGAUCAAGAUACCAAUUACCAGGCCUAUCACCUUGCCUACGAAGUGAAAAAACUCAUGCCAACGAGUAGAAGCAGUGGUGGUAAUCAAAAUAGCAAUGGCGUCAGCUUACCCGCGGGCUUGGCUGACGACCAGUCGAAAGAUUUCGACUUCGAAAAGACUGAAAUGAAGUACGACUCCACUGGGAUGUUCCAUUGGAGCCCCGCAAGAAACUUGGAAGAUUGUAUAUUAGACAGGAAUCAAGCGGCCAUGACAGUUCUAAACGGGCACGUGGUAGUAUGUUUGUUCGCGGACCCGGACUCGCCGCUCAUCGGGUUACGUAACCUGGUGAUGCCGCUGAGAGCGUCUAACUUCCACUACCACGAGCUCAAGCACGUAGUCAUCGUAGGAAGCGUCGACUAUAUUAGGAGAGAAUGGAAGAUGUUGCAGAAUCUGCCCAAGAUUUCUGUUUUGAAUGGUUCACCGCUAAGCCGGGCCGACUUGCGUGCAGUUAAUGUGAACUUGUGUGACAUGUGCUGCAUCCUAUCAGCGAAGGUGCCAUCCAACGAUGAUCCCACGCUGGCAGACAAGGAAGCUAUCUUGGCUUCGUUGAACAUCAAGGCGAUGACGUUCGACGACACGAUAGGAGUGCUGAGCGCUGGAGUGGGGACGAAUGGAAACAGUACGGCGCCGCCGCCUCCGGGGCAGCCGCCCGCGCCCGUGCUGUUGCAGAGACGGGGCUCCGUGUAUGGUGCCAAUGUGCCUAUGAUUACUGAGUUAGUGAAUGACAGUAACGUGCAGUUCCUGGACCAAGACGACGACGACGACCCGGACACGGAGCUGUACCUGACGCAGCCCUUCGCGUGCGGUACCGCCUUCGCCGUCAGCGUACUCGACUCGCUUAUGUCCACCACUUAUUUCAACCAAAAUGCCUUAACGUUGAUCCGCUCGCUGAUCACGGGCGGUGCUACGCCUGAGCUGGAGCUCAUUCUGGCUGAAGGCGCCGGCCUGAGGGGCGGCUACUCUACGCCGGAGAGUUUAGCUAAUAGGGACCGGUGUAGAGUGGGCCAGAUCUCGUUAUACGACGGGCCUUUAGCACAGUUCGGCGAGGCGGGCAAGUACGGAGACCUGUUCGUGGCCGCGCUCAGCACAUACGGCAUGCUGUGCAUCGGCCUCUACCGGUUCCGGGACACGUCGUCCUCUUGUGACGCGAGCAGCAAGCGAUACGUCAUCACCAACCCGCCUGAUGACUUCUCACUGUUGCCUACCGACCAGGUGUUCGUGCUGAUGCAGUUCGACCCGGGCGUGGAGUACCGGUCGUCGCGGCGCGCGGCGGCGGCGGGCGGCAAGGACGACGCCUCCUGACUAUUGCUGUGCAGCGCCCUCACGGACGGGCCCUACUCCUACAUCUAGGCAGUAGUGGCCCGACAACCCCCUCCGCUCCCCACUCCUAGACAACACUCCUGGGUAAACGUCCAAAUAUUACUACAUUUUAUCCUGACUUAUUUAUGCCCGAUCUCUAUAAACCAGAAUCGAUUCAUUCUGCUUGCGGAGGAUAUCUUUUUGACGUUUGUUCUAUGAAGCUUAUGUCAAAAAUCUACCAUCUGUUUGCAAAAGGAAUCGUCUGAGUUAUAGGAACCGGUCAUAAGUCGUAAAUGGGAGUGCUGCUACCUCCAUUACCCCCUUUUAUUUUAAUUUGGCAACUGUAUAUGUUAGUUUAAGUUGAACACUUCCUGCACAGCAAUCUACACUACUCCAAACGCACUCUUGUAUAGAAUAGCAUUCGUUUGUUUAGCUGUGUCUGUCUACUGAAAGCAAUAUAAUAACGAAAUCUUAAAAAUAUAAAUUCGAUAUAGACUAAUAGCGACUGGUCUCGCAGUCAAUAGUAUUUGGAUCAGUUCAGAAUAUUAAAUGAAUUUUAUCUGGCACGAGAAAAGCAGUCUAGAAGCAAAAACAGAGGAUAGAUUGUUGUUACCAGCUGUUACAAAUACAGAAUUUUAGAAAGCGCAUAAGAAUAUAGAAAAGCUUUCGGUGUUUAGGAUAAAAGUUAGGCAGAGUUCAGUAUAAAACUGUUGUUACCAAGUUAAUAAAUUUUAAAGGAUCGAACGUAAGUUAAGGCAAGUAGAAAGUCGGAAUUUUGAAAUGUUAUGCACACCCACGGAGGAGAAAAGACUAGCGGAGGUGCCCUAACGUAAAAUCUCCUAACAAAGCAGCGCGCCAAAAUUCGGGUGAGCGGGGGACGAGGAACGUUACUGGCUCCACCCGUGCUACACCCUUAUACGCCUUUUAUGGGAAACCACCCAUUUUUUGUAAAUCCAUCUAGCGUGGAAUAGGAUAAUUAAAAUCUAACCCUAAACUAACAUCGACCACUAGCGGCAUACUCAAAAGUAAAGUAAAUACUCAAAAUUAAUAAUUCUUUAAAAAUAGUAAUUGAAUUAGAAAGUUUGAAGAAGCAUUCAUUUGAAAUGAACGAAGAAAAAGAGAGAGAUAAAAAAGUUAGAAAAUUAAUUGUUAUAUAAGUAUUAUUUUGUGCACAGAACUUGCCCCACAACAAUUUAUUUACUCCCCCAGAAAUGAAAUAGGUAUAAUUCUUUCUACUAGGAAUCAUUAAACGGAGACUCGAUGAAAAAUCAUUUUUAUUCACCACGGGUCUAAAAUACCCCCAUGGUGUAAUUUCAGUAUCACUUAUGUCAUUGUGUUAGUUCAUCUACUAGCCACUAUGGCAUCACAAGCACGAAAAUUCGUUCUAUUUGUUCUAGAACCGUGCUGCGAUAACUGUUGUUAUUUUCGAUGUUGCCAUAUUACGAAAUUCACCAAGAAAAAUGGGAAUUAAAAUUAUAGGGACAGUGUUUAUCAAAUUAGAGUUUUCACAACUGUAUCAUAACGGCGUAUCCACUUUAUGUGACUUUAUGUGAGUCGGAUAUUGCUCUAAGUAAAGGUACAUUCAAAAACUAUGUACGGCAAGAGAGAUAUACCUACUUAUGUAAAACAUUACUGAUGAUGAAUAUAAAUAAAUCUACGCUAAUUUUCGUCACAUCUUAUAUUUGUUAUAAAUUUUUGGAGCCAUUGCAAAAAUACUGUUUUUAUAAAAUGUAGUCUUAGAUCUUAUUACAUGUAAAGUUAGAGUUAUAAUUAAUUUUAAGAUAAUUGCAGAUUUUUUAAAUAAGACCUUUUUUAUGGGUGAUUGAAUUUUCGAUGUCUGGUAGCACUUAAUUUUGUAACGGCUCUCUGUCUUGAUGAAAUAUACGUAAGUCGACUACUUACCGAAAGAUGGUGUUCUUAUAAUUUUAAAUUUUCGUGAUAAUAUAUCAUAUGUUUUGGUUUGUAAAUAAUCUAUUAAAAAACUUGUAGGAUGCAAGGAAAAAUGAAGCUGCUUUUUAAGGCAAAAAUUGGUACCAAUAAUUACAUUGAUUCAAGAUUCAUACGAAAAUAAUACAAAUUAACUUAGAGGUUCUAGAAAUGCAGCUAUUCGACGACAGAUGUCUCUAGCAAAAAAUAUGUUUUAAAGUUAAAAUAUUAAUUACACGUGAAAUGUUAUCCUAUGGUAUGUUUGAGUUUGGAUCCUGAGCAAUUUCUACAAUUAAUGAUAGCGCAUUUCAUCGUUUUAAUCGAGUAACAAAUAAAAUCUAUUGAAAUUGUGGUAAAAAUACAACUAUGACAAGAUGUCAGUUAGAUGUGAAGGACGGUAUAUGGGCGGUGUCCAGCCACGCCUGCCGUGACGUAGUCGUGACGUAUUUGACCUACCUGAAGGCGCGUGACCUACCUGCGUUAGGGCAUCUCCGCUAGUCUUUUCUCCUCCGUGUGCACACCACACCGGCUGUAUUCGUUUGUAGUAUACCGCUGAUAUCAGGACUUUUACUGAAGUAGUUGCUUUAACAUCAGGAGCUCCCCGUCUAUUGCAAACCUACCGGUACUGCGGUAGAUUUACAACAGACCACAUAGAGAGACGUCAGGUAUUAAGGUUGUAACUAUCACGAAAGUACUGAAUACAGCGGUACACACUGCACGAACUUCCAAUCAAAGUGACACAUUAGUACAACGACUUGCAAUAUUAAUAUAAUUCAAAUGGAAAUAUGAUAUCGGUGGUGGUUAUUUAGUUAUAGGAUUUGUUUAUAAAGGUGGUGGGAAAAUAUACACAUGCAUACACAUUAACGGCAAAGUCCUGACACACCUCUUUCUUCCUACAACAGUAGUUCUUCAAACGUCCAGGAAAAAUCCCAUACAGUGAGUCUAGAAUAUUCUUAAGAGCUACGAUUGGAUCGGAAUGGAUUUCAAAAACAUAUGAUACUGGUUCCCACACCAAUAUAAAAAGAACCACUGUUGUAUUUUCAAAUGUUCACGUAUCGUUAUAACUUCUAACAGUUUCUUCAACAAACUGUUUUCUAUUUCGCAAUACUGCAUGUCUGCAGUUCUUUUUAUUCAAAGAUUCUUCUUCUUUAUAUCUAUAUCUUUCCUAAGGUUUCUGUACUUAUUUGUAAGCAAUGCUCAACUAAGGAAACCUUUAAAAUUUUUGAUUGCAUGUUGGUUUCACGUGUAAAUGGACUUAGGUGUAGGCUAUCGCUUUUCUUAGAAUAUCCAUUCCUUAUUCAGUAGUUUUUUUCUGUCACUUUUCACGUAAUUAAGUGCUAUUUAUAAAGUUGAAAUAUAGACAUACUAUAAGCAUUUAAUGUUAUUCAUCGACUGAUUGUUAAGCACAUCUUCAUCAUCGUUACUUUGUGAUUGUACGAAGUUAUUUUAGUCAUUAUUUUUUAAGUUUUUAGAUGUUUUUUUUUUUUUCUAUGGAUUCACAUUGAAUUCAUGUUUAGUUUUAAGACACUCUGCCAUAUUCAAAAGUGCACGUAUGGUAGUAGUCUGCAUACAGUUCCAUUGCUCACUGUUUAUCUUCUUUUUUAUUAUUCUUUUAUAUUUAUAAGAUUUAGACUACAAGUUGAAUAUUUUUAUGCAGAAACGAAUUAAUGUUCUUUCUAUGGAAAUGAGAGAGAAUGCCAUAACUUGUGACGCGUUAUUUCACCUUCAAAUCUGCAUAAAAGUACAGUCAACUGUUACAGGAACAUAGUAACUUACAGCUUCACCUUAUAGUAUUUACCACGUUUUGUUUUUAUUUUUAUUUUAAUAAAAUUAUAUUACGCUAUA